AACUCUUUGGUCUAUAGUAGCUUUGCAGCAGGUUUUGUUAUCAAAUUUUACUGUGAUUACAUCAAAACUUACGUGUUACUUUAGUGGUUCGUUGCGUCAACGCUUGCGUCGGAGUAUUAGCAGCCUAUACUUGUUCUACAUUUUCUAGAAUAUGGCAGACAUGGGCGAAAAGUACAACACGAAAUGUCCUGGUGUGAAGAGGCUUAUGAGGGAGGCCAUCGAGUUGGCCGAGGCUACAGAGGAAUAUUGUGCUCGUCCUCUCGAGGACAAUCUUUUCGAGUGGCACUUCACAGUUCAGGGCCCGAAGGGCACUGACUUUGAAGGAGGUAUCUACCAUGGGAGAAUAUUAUUGCCCAAAGAAUAUCCUAUGCAUCCACCACAUAUCAUACUUUUAACGCCCAAUGGCAGGUUCGAUACAAACAAGAAAAUAUGUUUGUCCAUUUCCGGACAUCAUCCAGAGACAUGGCAACCAUCAUGGUCCAUCAGAACAGCUUUAUUGGCUUUGAUUGCAUUCAUGCCUUCUCCUUCAGAAGGCACCAUAGGGGCCCUGGACUACACUCCCGCUGAGCGCAGGGCUUUGGCCAUAAAGUCACGAACAUGGUCUUGUCCUGAAUGUGGAGUGGCAGCUGCACUCUUGUCUGCUACAGCAGCUAAGCCUAUCACAGAAGAGGAACAAUCUGCACUGAAUCAGAUAGCAUUCAAAGGUGAAGAGGAGCAAGCUGCAAAACCCCCAGCUGCACCGGCCGCAGCGGAGGUGCCUCCCGCUGUGCUGGACUCAGCAGAGUCAAGCUCAGGCUUCCUGGAUCAGCUGACAGAAAUAAUAUUGGUUCUACUUUUUGGAGUUCUAGGAGUUUUUGUUUUUAGGCGCUGGAACGCCUACAAUGUGUCAACAGAUACCGAACUGUAAUUUUCAUUCCACUUAUAACAUUCAUCAUUGUCAAGGCCUAUACAACUUGAAAAGAUCCCUUGAAAUUUUGAAAUGUUUUACAAAUUUUUUAACAUUGAUUGGAGUUAUGUAAAAUCUUUGAAGAGUAUUUUUGUCAUUUCCAUUCACUCAAGCACACUUAAUAACUAAUUAAUUUGAGUAGAGUUAGAAAAGUAAGGCUUACUUUUUCUAAUUUAUAAAUAUUCUUUGACAUGUAUUAUGGCUUUAUGUAAUUUAUUUCUCUACUUGUUAUUGAAAAUUAUUAACUAAUAAGGUCCUUGCGAAUCAAUAGCCCAUAAUAUUUGUGUACACUUUAGGAAUUUAUUAUAAAAAAUAAUACCUCAAUAUUUACCUUACACGGAUUAGAAAAUAGUACUUUUUAUGAAAGUUUAAUCUAUCUAUUUGUAUUAUCAAACAUUCAUUAAAAUCCAUUAAAUAUUAAUCAUACAUUAGAUAGGUUUAUGGUAAUGAAUUGAAUGAUGUGAAUAACUAAAGCAUUGUAUGGGGUUAUGCAUAUAUCAAAGAUGUAUGUAAUGGUAAAAUUUUAAACUUCUAUGUAUUAAAAAAACUUUACUUUGUAAAUAUUUUGUUUAAAAUUUAUGCAACGUUACACAUAUUUUUUUAAUUAACAAUUUGAUUUAGUUUGUGUCUAACAUGUGCAAACAAUGUAAAUAUUAUGAUGAUGAAUGUUGUUAUAUGAUUUUAUUUAUUAUGUCCAAAGAAGAAGUCUGUGAUUUACAUUCAAAAUUUAUUCUACUUUGUUCACAAGAUAAUUAUCAUAACAUUCGUAUAUAACUUAUAUACAGAACUUAUUUCUUAUUCAACUGUGGAUAGUUCUACAAAUAAUUAUUUUAAAAAAUAUUUAUCAUCUCAACAUAAUUUAUUAAAUAACAGCUCUUAUUUAAGGAUCUCUAUAUUGGUAAUUUGAUGUCUGUAUCCUGUAUCACCUCUGAAAACAGAAAAAGGAAGGCGAGGUCCCUUUUCUAGAAAAUGUUAGCAACCCCUGCUGUGGUUAAACCUGUAUUUAUACAGACAUUCCACUUUU